GUGAGCACUGAGAGAGGCACAUUAUUUCACUCACCUCCUGAUCAAGAUGGAUUUACAAAUCUCAGUUUUUCUUCUGUUCAUUCUUUUCACUGCAGGACAGUCUCUCAGCUGUUAUGAGUGCUCAGGUCUGAAGGCUUCUUGUGCGAAUCAAAAAGUAAAAACAUGUCCCAGGGGAUUUUCCAAGUGUAUGAGUACAACAGCAGUAACACAAGUUGGUGACAUCGGUACUAAACUGAAGGUUAAAGACUGUGCUGCUGACUGUGUAAGUGGAUCCAUGAACCUCGGCAUUAUAGAGAGGUCUUCAGUGUGCUGUAACACAGACCAGUGUAACGUCCAAGACGCUCCAGAUCCCAGAACUGACUCCAAUGGAAAGAAAUGUUACUUUUGUAAUGGGAAGAACUGCUCAAGCACAGUGAGCUGUUCAGGGGGUGAAGACCACUGCAUUACAGCAGCAGCGAGUUACGGAGAGCAGUCACUGGUUGUAAAAGGCUGUGUCUCUAAAUCCAUUUGUGAUAGCACAACAUCAGUUGAUGAUGUUCAGAAGAUCUCAUGUUGUUCAGGGAAUCUGUGUAACGGUGUUCAGAGCGUCUCUCAGAGCUUCCUGUUCCUCUGCUGUUCUCUGCUCUCCUUCAUCCUCCUGCACUGAAUCCAGCAGAUCUUCACAUC